AUGAGGAAUAAAAAGUUUUCUCAGCUCAAAAUUACGAAGCAUAAACUUGUUUAUGUAAUACACAUUCCACACCGGCUGAUGUUUUUGUACAUCUCAGUCCUGGGACAGGACUCGCUGUCUCAGCUUCUGUCUCGUCUCGACGACUCGCACCAGUGCGGUCGUGCGAUCUCGGCCGGUCGACUGCUCUCGACUACGAUCAACGCACAGUUCCCGCGUCUGAUCCCGCUAGCGCGAUUCUUUGCGGAACAUCCACGUGACUUCGACGCCACCUUCUUAGAGAACUCUUCGAUUGACAUCAAACUUCCGCUCAAAGUUAAUCUGACUGGUCAAAAUCCGCUUUACGCUCUUGAAUACAGCUGCAAAGAUGGGACGGACCGAUGGUUGCCGACAAUUAUUUUCCCUACAAAGGACCCUAAUACCACCACUCGAAGGGCCUACUUGACACUUCGAAUGGAAUUCGAUUUAGAUCUGUGCACCGCUACUCCAUGUAGUACAAAGUGUACAUGGACGGUGCAUGGCGGAUUGAGAGUCCUAGCCAAGACAUGUUGUGGCAAAGGCGAAGAUACAGCGCUCUGCAGAACCGAUUCAGACAGAAACAGGCCGAUGCUGCUGGUGGCGAACGCGGCGUGCGCGUCUGCCUGCUUGGCGCUGAUUCCCAUCGUGUGUCGUGCUCGUCGUCGCGGUCAAGAGGCUCGCGGAUGGGCUCUCAUGGAGUUGUUCCUCAUUGGAGCCAGCAUUCUAUACCUAAUUCUGCUCAUCGACUGGUUCGUUCCGCCGCAAGCCGGUUGUUGUGUGGCCGUUUGGUUGCGUCAAAUCGGUUUCAGCACUUUUUACGGAUCCAUUGUGCUCAAAAUUUACAGGAAUUUGCAAGAAUACCGUGUUAGAAAGGCACAGCAUGUUUCGGUUAGGGAGAAGGAUAUGGUGAAAUAUCUGGUCGGUAUGCUCGCUCUCACAAUAACGGGUUUAAUGGCGUGGACGGUGGGGUCGUGGGGUGACUCGGCAUUAUGGAAAACGGCUUGGCCUCAGUGUCGGAUGCAGGGCUGGCACAUCAUCUGGCACUGUUACGAGCUGCUGUUUCUACUCUACGGCAUGCGUCUUUGCUAUAAGGCCAGAAAUAGCGACUGGUUAGAGCGAUGGCAAUUCACAGUAGCGGUUUGCUUGGAAGCCGUUAUCACGCUCAUGGCCAACCUCAUAAGAUAUUCGAUCCGCAAUUCUGCGCACAGCGACACCUUGUUCACGAUUUCGUUCGUGCAGUUGCAGCUGACCGUCUCUGUGAACAUUGUGAUCAUCAUCGCACCGAAGUUCUACUUGGUGUCGAGUGAGUCAACACGACGUUCGAUGACGUUGGGAGGGCACACAGGAAGAGCACACCCGUCGCUUGCUAAGCUCAGGGACAACAUUCUCAACGGUACCAUAGACUUCGCCGAAGUUCCUAUCGCUGAAAUGAAUCCAGAGGAUAUCAGGGCGGAGUUGAAGCGAGUUUAUACACAGCUUCGAAUGUAUAAACUUAAGAAUCUCUACCAAGACAAUCCGCACAUAUCGAAGAAGCGCGGAGGAAAAAAGUGGAGUGACAAAACUGGGAAGGCACGUCGUAUCUCAAUGCCGUCUACAUCUCCACAGGGCACGAAGUCGCGUAUCGAAGACGACGAGAAGAGUGAUCUUACUGUCGAGUCUGCUCCUCACAACGUCUACCUUAGCACAUAUAAACUUCAGCUGGAGCCCAACCACUCCGUGCGGGUCUAA